ACCAACCAGUCAUCAUCAUCAGCAGCAGCAACAACACUGUCGUCGACGGGAAGCACAAGAAGCGUCUGACUACACUCUGUUCUUGCCGUGACUAACGGUACCACGCCAUCAUGGGGAAAGGGUUUAAUAACUAUAUGUGCAAGAAGUUCUUCCACCCAGCCUCAAGGGAUAACCUCAAGAGGGUUUGGAUUGCUGAGCAGAAGGCUGAGGCCGAGCGCAAGAAGCAGGAGGAGCUACGUGUCCAAUAUGAAAAGGAGCAGGAACUGUACAAUAAUAAGGCACUCCUGGCUAAGGGGGAGAACAAGGAAAAGCUGUCCCUCAACUUUAUGUACGAGGCUCCUGCAGGGGUCAAGAAAGAGCGGGAAAAGGAGGAAGGGGAACCAGAGUACAAGUUUGAGUGGCAACGCAAAUUCAAUGCUCCAAGGGAAAGUUACUGCAAAGAUGAUGACACUAUUCGUGAUCAGCCAUUUGGGAUUGCUGUGAGAAAUGUACGAUGCAUCAAAUGCAAGGCAUGGGGUCACAUCAACACAGAUAAGGAGUGUCCUCUUUAUGGGCGGGUGCUGGAACCAGCUGAGGGCUCUGGUGGCCUUAGCCACAAAGAACUGGCUGCAGGGAUGAGAGAUGAUGGCCUGCGGCUGAAAAACAUUCCAACAGUUUCAUAUGGGAUUUAUGGCAACUCUCAAAAUCCAUUUGCUAAAAAUCAGCGGCUUGUGUCAAGUGAUGAGGAGAGUGUGGAUGAGUACACACUACUACGUUCUCUGACCAUGAAGGAGAAGAAGAAGCUCCUGAGGAAGUUGGAAAAAAUGGAUAGCAAGAAAAAGAAGAAAGCCAAGGAAAGCAGAAAAUCUUCCUCAUCCUCCUCUUCCUCUUCCUCAGAAUCCGAGGAGGAAAAGAAAACAAAGAAAAAGAAACAUAAAAAGGUGAAGAAAAAGAAGAAGGCCAAGACAAAAUACAAUUCAGAUUCAGAAGGUGAACACAACAGCAAGAGAACAAAAAAGAAAACAAGUAAGAAGAGAGAAAGCAAGAAGCAGUCUGAGGAGAAACCUGACACUCAGGCUCUCCUCAGGGAGAUAACAAAGGGACUCAAAGUGGACUUUGUAGGAAGAGACAAUCCUUUUGCUGCCACUGUUAAGACCACUACCACUACCACCACCACUGCCACUAUCAAGCAGGAGAAGCUUUCUGAUGAGGAAGUCACUUCUAUAAAAAUUCAAGAAAAACACAAAAGAAGUAUGAACCCAGACUUUGAGAGGAGCAGGGAGAGAGACGAAUCCCUAGAAGUUCCUUCCAAGAGAGGAAGAGCCUGGGACUUUUGGAACACAGGUGGGGGAAAAGAAAGUGAGGAAGUAAGUGGGAAAGAUAAACAGGUUGGAAACAAAAGCCAGGACAGGAGGUCAACAAGUAGAGACAGGAGAUCAAGAAGCAAAGACAAGAGAUCAAGAAGUAAUGACAAAGAUUCAAGGAGAGAGAAGAGGUCAAGCAGAGAAAGAAGUUCAAAGAACAGAGCUGGACGGUCAAGAAGUAGAGAGAGAAGGAUGAGAAAGGGAGAAAGGAUGUCAAGAAGUCAUAGUAAGAAAUCACCAAGUAGAUAUACAAGGUCAAGAAGCAGAAGUAGAGGCAGAAGGUAAAAAAAAAAAAAACAUUCUCUUUAAGGAGGACAGUGAGUCGCAAGGUAGAAGAGUAUCUUGUAGAAAAAGGUAUUUAUAAGAAAAAACUGGGUAAAAGUAGUGUUAGUAUAUAUACUGAGGAUUCAAAGGUAGA